AAACGAGAUGAAGGGCAAGGAGGCACGAAUCUGACGAGGAACGAAGACCUUGGAUCUUUCGAGGACAUUCCGCUGAGUGCAGCUUAUUGCGACAAUUUAGAUGACGAGGCUGAGGGAAAAGAUGUGGAGGUUGACGACGAAGACGAGAGUGCAGCCGACAGCUGCGACGAGGACGAUANAGAAGCUGAAGUGCUGCACAAGGCGUUGGGAAACCUGGAGGGUUCAAUCUGGUGUCGGGUGAAAAUGACUGCGACGGGUAAUGGGUUAAAGUCGAACAAGUUCGGUUGGUUCCAGUGGGACAGGCAAUGGGGAUCUGCGAUUCAAGACGGGAAAAUCGCCGCAGACCAGAGAGAUGCCUUGCAGCUGGUGAAUCAUCAGCUUUCUUUGCAGCCGUGCGAUUUCGAGGACUGGCACAGUGAGGAUGAUGAUGAUGUUAUUCAGGAGCUCUUAUGCAGAUCUGGUCAAGACAUGAUUUACGGAAGACGGUCUCACAGCAGGGACUUGUUUUACUGGAGCGAGUGUCCGGUGCUUCAAACUGGUGCACCGUCAACUACGAGUGCAUUGGCUGAGUUUCCUGAACGAGCGAGGAAGCACCUCAAGCGGCUAAUUUUGUAGAAUUUAUUUGAAAUUUAUGCGGAUUUAUUUGUCUUGCUUUUGAAUAUUCCCGGACACAAAAAAGCAUGUGAUUCAAAUUAUUCCUCAAACCAGGGAAAAGGGGAGCGAUGAAGUCCAACUCUUGUGAUUCGUUCCUUCAUGCAGUUUUCGAAAAAACUGGCUGUGUUAUUUUUUUUAAUGGAAAUGGGGACCAAUUUCAAGAUUAAUUCAGGGACUAUAAUUUUUUCGAGUCAAUUAAAGUUUUUUGAACCUUCGAUAAUUAUUCAUGCUUUUACGUGAACGAGAUGAAGUUCAU